UUGUACGUAAAAAAAUCGUAAAAUUAUGAUGACGAUCUUAUGUUUGUUACAACUCUGAAAUCCUCUUUGCGUAUUCAUUCUACAUUUCUGCAUGGAGGAAAAGGUCUUUUAGCGAUCACUUUGACACUGUUAUCAAGACAGAAUUGGGGUCCUCACUUAUCAACCAAGACAACAGGCAUGGCAGAAGGAUGCAGCUCUUCUGAGAAACAAGUAGGAUGUGUCAAUGAGGUUUAUGGUGACUUGUUUACAUGUCCUGAAACCCAUUCCCUGGCUCACUGUAUCAGUGCUGAUGUCAAGAUGGGGAAAGGUAUUGCUGUCAUGUUCAAGAAACUGUAUGGUGGUGUUGAUGAACUUCUGCRUCAGAGGCAGAGAACAGGGGGUCUUGCUGUACUAAAAAGAGACCAACGAUUUGUUUACUACUUGGUCACCAAAGAAAGAUACUGGGAUAAACCAACGUAUGACACCCUAAGACAGUCCCUUCUACAAAUGAGAAACCACAACAUGAGAUAUGGUGUCAAGAAUGUAUGUAUGCCAGAAAUUGGGUGUGGUUUGGACAAACUAAAAUGGGAUAAGGUACUGGAAUUAAUCAAUUAUGUGUAUAAAGACACUGGUAUUGAAAUAACUGUAUACCACUACGACGACCCUAACGCAAAAAGACACCACCGUCAACAAAGAAACUAUGAAUAUGAUGAUAACGUAUCUAACCCACGGAGACAACACCAACAACAAAUACCUGGUCGGUACACUAACGCACAAAGACAACACUAUAAUCAAAAAUCUGGUCAGCAAAGUCGUCGUYACGAUGGAAACUAUGAAUAUGAUGAUUACGAAUCUAAMCCACGGAGACAACACCAUCAACAAAUACCUGGUCAGCAUAGUCAUCGGCACGAUGGAAAGUAUGAAUAUGAUGAUAACGAAUCUAAACCACGGAGACAACACCAUCAACAAAUAUCUGGUCAGCAUAGUCAUCGGCACGAUGGAAAGUAUGAAUAUGAUGAUAACGAAUCUAAACCACGGAGACAACACCAUCAACAAAUAUCUGGUCAGCAUAGUCAUCGGCACGAUGGAAAGUAUGAAUAUGAUGAUAACGAAUCUAAAGGAUUUGGUCAGCACAGACAUUAUCGCCAUGAAGACAAUAAUGAACAGAGUUCAUCGAGGCAAAACCCUGAUAAGCAAAGAGAAUCACAGAGGACAGGUUCCAAAGAUCACCUUGGCUAUAGCAAACAAGUUGAUCAAGCGGGCAGGAAUCGCAGUAUCGAGGAGAGUUUCGUACGCAAGGAGACAUCUAAAGAUGAUUCAACCAGGAAUACAGACAAAGAAUCACAAGUCCAAAAGGAAGAUUGUGAAGCUAGAGAUUCUCAGUGCUAUACAGACCAAGCCAAAGGAGACAGAGWGGGACAUGAACACAAACAUAGUAGCUCGGAUGACAAAGAGGCCACGAAACAGUCAACAAAAAAGAAAAGAAAAAGAAAUAAGAAGAAGAAAUAAAAGCAAAAGCGGAYAGAAUUCCACAAGAACAUAAUCACAAAGAUAAGGAUAAACGAAAAGGUAGUAAAGUCAUCACYUGAUGAAAUAAGAUUACUUAACGCAAGACGGACAACCAUUUCUGAUAGACUUCAUGCCUAUUGUUACUUGCUAUAAAGAUUACAUCACCGAUAAUCUUAUAUCUAUUAUUAUUAUUAUUAUUAUUAUUUAUCAUUAGCAGCAAAUUACGAAAAAAUUGUCUUAAAGAAACAGAACAUUUGUACUUAGUGCAAUAAAGAUCGAAAAAAAAUAAGGAAGACAAUGAAAAGCGUUUGUGAGUCUGUAUAGUCUUCCUUUGUCUUUCUAAUUAUCCCUAUUUGAAUAAAGUAAAAAGUUCUAUUUCUCUAUGACAAAGAUUUUGUAAAUUAGGUACAUGUAUAUGUAAACACGGUAAUGGUAUAAUGGCCAUUGACAGGGAAAGUCAACACGAUAGAAUGGAAUAAAGGAAAUACACCUUUAA